AUGGAUUUCAAUACUAAGGUUGAUGAAUAACUAAUCUAUGAAGGAAAGUGGCUACAUUUCAAACUUCUUCAUUUUCAAGUAAAUGGACGCUAAAUGGUUUGGGAAAUGAUUGAAAGGCCUCCAGGUAAUAGAGGAGGUGUUGAUAUCAUACCUAUUAUUAAAUAUAAAGAUAAACCAUCUUAAGUGAUUGUCAUUGCUAAUUUCAGACCUCCAAUAAGAAAGUUUUGUCUAGAAUUUCCAGCAGGUAUAGUUGAUCCUGAUGGCAGUAUAUAAGAGAAUGGUCUUAGAGAAAUUAAAGAAGAAACAGGAUAUACAGCAUAAAUUGGAUAAUAUCAAUAUAAUGGAGUACGUAUAAGAAAUGAUCCUUGGAAAUCUACUGAAUAUGGACUUUGUGUUAUUGCAGAUAUUGAUGGGGAUUCAGAAGUUAAUCUCAAUCCAAAAUAACAUUUGGAAUCAGAUGAAAAUAUUAUUGUUUACAAAGUUAAUAUGGGAAAGACAAUGGCUAAUGAAAUAUUAUAAUUAGCUAAAGAAAAGGAUUAUGAAAUUGCUGGACUUUUAUGGUUUUUUGCUUUGGGAUAAUAAUUUAAUAAUUGA